AAUGCUGUGAAGACUUCACUGCCCCUUCCCAGCCCUAGGCAGCCUCUCCUCUGGAUUAUCUCCAUCCCAAGGACACUCACAUCCAAGAGAGCUCCUGUCCUGGUCUUCCAGCAUGAAUCCUGUUUAUAGCCCCGUGCAGCCUGGGGCCCCCUACGGAAACCCGAAGAACAUGGCCUACACAGGUUAUCCCACAGGCUACCCCACUGCUGCCCCAGCCUACAACCCCAACAUGUACCCAACCAGCAGCCCUGGCUAUGCCCCAGCUACGCUCCUGAUGAAGCAAGCCUGGCCACAGACCUCCUCCUCCUGCGCCACGGAGGGCACCUUCCACCUGCCGGUGGACGCCGGGACCGAGAACAGAACUUAUCAGGCUUCUUCUGCAGCCUUCAGGUACACUGCGGGGACCCCCUACAAGGUGCCACCGACCCAGAGCAGCAGCGCCCCUCCUCCCUACUCGCCGUCUCCCAACCCCUACCAGACCGCUAUGUACCCCAUCAGAAGUGCCUACCCACAGCAGAACCUGUACACCCAGGGAGCUUACUACACCCAGCCGGUGUACGCGGCGCAGCCUCACGUCAUCCACCACACCACCGUGGUCCAGCCCAACAGCAUCCCCUCGGCCAUCUACCCGGCCCCUGUCGCCGCCCCCAGGACCAACGGCGUGGCCAUGGGCAUGGUCGCUGGCACCACCAUGGCCAUGUCAGCAGGAACCUUGUUGACCACCCCCCAGCACACUGCCAUCGGAGCACAUCCAGUGUCCGUGCCAACGUACAGGGCUCAAGGGACCCCCACCUACAGCUAUGUACCUCCACACUGCUCUGGAGUCAAAGGUUGUAUGCAACUACACAAGUCUUAGCCGGGUGCUGUGGCCGCUGCCCUGCAGCCCCCUCCUCUGUUUGCAAGAACAAAAGAAGAGCAAAGAACACAACCAGAAGUGCAAAGGUCACUUUAU